AUGUCGCGGCCUCUUGCCCCUGUGAUGUCGGCGUUCCGCCCCAUCUGGCGGCGGAACUUCUCUGCGUCCACCCCCGUUUGUGGCAUCAACAAGUUGUGCGCCUCCGCCAAUGAAGCCGUUAAGGACAUGAAGGGUUCAUCGACCGUCCUGGUCGGUGGAUUCGGUUUCUCUGGUGUUCCUCUCACUCUCAUCAACGCCGUUCGGGAUCGCCCCGAGGUUAAGGACCUGACCGUUGUCUCGAACAACGCUGGUAUGCCUGGUGUUGGUCUUGGUCAAUUGCUCGAGUCGAAGCAGAUCAGCAAGAUGAUCGCUUCGUUCAUUGGUGAAAACAAAUUGUUCGAAAAGAUGUACCUCGGUGGCGAACUGUCCCUGGAGCUCACUCCUCAGGGUACUAUCGCUGAAAAGUGCGCCGCUGCUGCGGCUGGUAUCCCUGCUUUUUACACUCCCGCUGCUUUCGGCACUAUCGUGCAAACUGGUGAACUCCCCGUUCGGUACAACAAGGAUGGCUCUGUUGCUGAAAUGUCCAAGCCUAAGGAGACUCGUGUUUUCAACGGCAAGGAAUUCCUUCUGGAAGAAUCUAUCUACGGUGACUACGCUCUGGUUAAGGUCCACAAGGCCGAUCGUCUUGGUAACUGCCAAUUCCGCAAGUCUAUGAACAACUUCAACGAGGCCAUGGCCAAGAACGCCAAGGUCACCAUCGUUGAGGCUGACCACAUUGUUGAGGUUGGUGAGAUCUCCCCCGAGGAUGUCCACCUUCAGGGUAUCUACGUCGAUGCUGUCAUCCAGAGCACCGAGGAGAAGCAAUUCGACAAGAUCACUUACGCCAAGGACCCCAGCGAGAUUCUUGCUGGUGGUAACGGUGAUGCCAUGGCCCGCCGUGAGCGUAUCGUCAAGCGUGCUGCCAAGGAACUCAAGGACGGCAUGUACGUUAACCUCGGUAUUGGUGUUCCUCUCCUGGCUCCUGCCUUCGUCCCCGAGGGUGUCGAGGUCAUUCUGCAGGCUGAGAACGGUAUCCUUGGUCUCGGUCCCUACCCCACUCCCGGCCAGGAGGACCCUGAUCUGAUCAACCCCGGCAAGGAGACCGUCACUCUUGACCCCGGUGCUUCCCUCUUCGGCUCCCACGAGUCCUUCGGUAUGAUCCGCGCUGGUAAGAUCGACCUCACCAUGCUUGGUGCCCUCCAGGUCAGCCAGUACGGUGAUCUUGCCAACUUCAUGCUUCCCGGAAAGGUCAAGGGUAUUGGUGGUGCCAUGGACUUGGUCGCCAACCCCGAGAAGACCAAGGUCGUUGUCACCAUGGAGCACACUGACAAGAAGGGCAACCCCAAGAUUCUUGCUGACUGCACCUUCCCCCUCACCGGCCCCCGCUGCGUUUCCACCAUCAUCACUGAACUCGCUGUCUUCGACUGCCACCCCACCGAGGGCCUGACUCUGAUCGAGCACGCCGAGGGUGUCACUGUUGAGGAGAUCACCAGCAAGACCUCUGCUCCCUUCAAGGUCUCCCCUGACCUGAAGCCCAUGCAGCUGUAA